GGGUUGUUUCUCAUCGGGUUGUAUUAUUUGUAACCCCAUCCGGUGUUUUUAAACUUAGCUCGUCAUCAGCGUUAGUUUGUAGUUUCGGUUUUAUUUCUGUAUCUUGUCGUUAUGCCUUCUGAAAAUUUAAGAUGGGAAACUUUAGAGGCCUUAAAGAAAUCAACAAAAGCAAAGAUCCCGUUUGACCCGCACUGGUCCGAAAGGGGAGAGGUGAGUUACAGCUAACUGAGUUUGACUAGCUUUCAGCGGUCCCGGUUAAACUGUUCCCCUACUGGGUUUAGCAUGUUUGCUAAAGUAAGACGUAGAAGGUAUAAAGCAGGUAGAAACGAGUGUAUUUAUAGAGCACCACCAUACACGAAACAAUGGUAAAUUAACAAUAGACAAACCUGUCGUGAUCCGGUUGGAGUAGGUUUAGUCUGCUCCCGUUUCUUAGACCAAAGUUUCAGCCCGGGCUUUUUAGAGUGCUGUCGUGUUAUUUAAAUUAGUUUAUUUAUAUUUCACCUUUCGGGGACAUACAUCUUCAAGUGUUUCAAAAGAGAUUUCCACUCCAGAGUCCUGUCAGUUUUCAAUGCAGUGCUGCCUGAGGGUCUGAAGAUCAGGAUCAUCCAGCUCUGGUUUGGUCCUUGUCCCUUUAGUACAGAGAAUGCCCCAGAUUCUCCGAAUCUUUGAAUGAUGUUAUGUUUUGUGGAUGAUGAAAUGUUGAACUCAGUCUUUCACAUUUGACACUCAGAAACAUUAUUCUGAAAUUGUUGAACUUGUAGCUCACACAGUCUCUCACAGAGUGGUGAACCUCUUCCCAUCCUUUUUUCCGAGAGACUCAGCCUCUCUGAAUGUCUUUUUAGACCUAGUCAUGUUACUAACCUGUUGGAAAUUCACCUCAGAUCUUCCUCCAGCUGUUUACUUUAUUUUUAAAUGUAGGCUUUAAGUGAUUAAAAAACCACCAAAAUAUGUUUGGACAACAUUGCAUUGUGUCCCCACUUUCAUGUAAUGAUAGAAGAAAUGCAGUCCUGCAUUUUUAGUCAAGAAAUCUUCUUGUGUGUGUGUGUGUGUGUGUGUGUGUGUCAAACCCUCAACGUGCUCUGUGUCUGUGCUCUAUCAGGACAUUUUGGCAGGCUGCAGAGAAGUCCUCAGCUUGUCCCCGCACUCCGGGGUUAUUUUGGAGCAUCUGGGUUCUUUACCUCCACAGAACUCCAGAAGCUUUCUGGGCUCCAGCUCUGGAAACUCAAGCCCUGGCCUCUCUGAUGUCAUCUCGGCCUCAGCGUCGUCAGCAGGAUCGAUCCCUGAUAUCAACAGGAAGAGCAAUGUUGUAUUAUCAGCCCUGCCUCUGAGGACAGGCAGUGAGGGCAGUGAGCAGGUAAGGCUCUUCACCAGGGUCCUGGUUCAUUUGUGUGUGUGUGUGUGUGUGUGUGUGUGUGUGUGUGUGUGUGUGUGUGUGUGUGUGUGUGUGUGUGUGUGUGUGUGUGUGUGUGUGUGUGUGUGUGUGUGUGUGUGUGUGUGUGUGUGUGUGAGUGAGUGAGUGAGGUAAAAGGUUUUUGAACUGUGAUUCUUUUUCCUAAUUCUUAGGGUCUGUCUGUUAAGGGGGGUCACAACAGGGACUUGUUCCAGAAAUUCUUCUAAAAUGGCAAAGGGACUUCUCGGGUUAUCUUGGAGACAUUUCACCUCUUCUCCAAAAGGCUUCUUCAGUUUUAAGGGGACUGGGUCCAGAGCUGAAAUAUGUAUAUAGCCUAGGAUGACAUCAUCAGUGUAAGGGAGUGUUGGAGAUAAAUGGUGCCUUAGGCCUCCUCCUCUGUUCAGGGAUGGUUUCUCCAGCUUGACGUAGAUGGCUUCUUCAAACCCACGUCCAAACCAAUCCUCCUUCUUGACCAAUAUGCGGACCUGGUCAUCUUUAAAGGAGUGGCUGAUGUCCUUGGGGUGCAAGUACUCAGCCGAGUCCUGUCCUGAGGAGUUGGCUUUCCUGUGUUGUGCCAUGCAUUUGUGGAGAGGUAGUUUGGUCUCUUCAAUGUAUAGGUCCUUGCACUCUUCGUGGCACUUGAUUGCAUAGACCACAUGGCUCUGUUUCUCCCUCUGUGUUUUGUCCUUCAGAUGAACCAGUUUCUGUCUAAGACUGAUGGAAGGUUUGAAAACCGGGAUGUUAUGUUUGUGGAAGAUUCUCUUGAGCUUUUUAGAGACACCAGGGGGGUAUUCCAGAAAGCGGGUUAUGUGAAAAACUCUGAGUAAGUUAACCCUGAGAUGAGGGAAACUCUGAGUUAUCCGUUCCAGAAAGAGAGGUAACUUAAACACUGGGUCAGUUACUGCGGUAACUUACUCUGUGAACAUAACCUGCUCGCUGACAGGUUUACUAUAAGAGACCCAGAGUUUCUACAUGUCUCCUCCCACACAAAGAAAGCGGUUGAACAUGGAUUGUCCAUUCCUUGAAAAUCCGAUCGACAUCGAAGCCAGAAUAAUGCGCAACGGUUUACGUCGCGAGAGACUCUUCCAACCCAGAUUAGACGUUUUAUCAUUUCCAGAAGAAUUUCUUUUCGAACGCUACCGCUUUUCUUUGAACAGUAUAAUUUAUCUAAAUAACCUUCUCCGGCCGUGUAUUCAGUGUACAUGUCAAACUCCAAAUUCCACUUUAGAAUGUAAAUGAAUGGGCACUGCCAGUAGCUAUAUAUUAAGACACACUUCAGGAUGCCCCUCUGGAUCUCUCCCUGUGGCAGCAGACAGUGUUUCUUCAUCCUCCUCCUCCUCCUCCCCCUCCUGUAAUGCAGGAAAAUAUACUGUUUCAGAAUACUUUGAACUACCAUCUGAGGAAUCUGAGUAUGGAAGACUUACAGCUACAGGGUUUGUUUCUGUCGGAGGCUGAAGCAGGCAGAUGACACCAUCCACAACUGUUGGGUGGGUGGAUAUAUAUUUGUUAAAAAGUAGGCUAUAUAUAUUUAUAUAUUAGUUUUAUUUUUUAAAGACAUAAGUGUAUACUUGCAUCUGUUGUAGGGACUUGUGUCCUGGGGGGUGACAGGCUCGGAUGAGCUUCCCCCGGGGAUGCCUUCAGCCACAAGGCGACCCCUGUUUUGGCUGAGGGCCAGCUCCUCAGCCUCCGUCAGAUGUAGUGGAGGUGGCCCUCCACCCGUUUUUCGGGCCUCUGCCUUCUUUCUGUUGGCUGAGCAGAAGUCAAUGUUUAUUUUAAAAUACUAUUUUAAUCAGUGUUGGUGUAGGCUACAGCGUCACAUUUUAAAUGACUUCAAUAGGUCUAAAAUAUAAAUGUGUUUGUAUCAAGUGUUAAUCCACGAAGUGUAGAAUUAAGUGAGAGGACGUUGAAAAACGACAUUUUGUUUGGGGUUUAAAUUAUAAUUUGAAGUAGCCGCUGAAUUAAUAUUUUAGUUUAAAUUAAUAUUGACUUUGUCUAAUAGCCAAAGUCCAUUUAAAAUAAUUAAAUUAAAACCAAAGUGAGGUGCAAUCACAGCCUAGCAAAAUAUGCCUUACCUUUUUGAAUUAUGUUUUUAUGUUUCAUUUUGAGCUGCUUCCAAGUCCUUUUUUCUCCCGUUGGAUUGCACCUAAAUGAAAAUCAGAUUUCAUUCCUACUUAUAUUCAUAACUAUAGACUAUGCUUCGAUCUUAUAUUUACGUCAGUGGAAUAGUACAUUCAAACUUACGCAUUGACUCGCGCAGCAAUUUUCUCCCAUGCCGUCUCUCUCUCCUUCGCUGCUGCAGCCGUGUUGGAUUUGCGGCGAAAAAUGUUCUCAUACUCGCCGUAGGCCAGCAUAAGGACCUCCAACUCCACCGGGGUGAAAUAAAUUGACUGUUUUUGCUCUGUUGUCAUGGUGACUCGUGGUAUCGGGGCUCCAUUGAUGAUGGCUUAUUAUAGUGGUUGUGCACGCGCGUAACUCCAGGUUAUCAUACUCAGAGUUGAUUGAACUAAUUCAGAUCAGCUGUUCUGGAACCGGAUACUCAGAGUCUCCCAUCUCAGAUUAAGUCAACUCAGAGUUCAGGGAUAGACUCAGAGUAUGUUGAACCUGCUUUCUGGAAUACCCCCCAGAUACGUAUGGGGAUGACAAUGCUGUUGUGCUUGUUCUCCUCUAGGACUUGUUAUACAAACUUUAUAUGAUUUUUAGGCUUAAAUUCAUCUGUUCUAUUCAAGAUUACAAAGGGAAAACAUUCAUCUGAACUGAAAGAGUUAGAAAGAGGUGUUGUGGAAAAGGUUUCAGUCCAUACUGAUCCUAAAUGUUCAGUCCAGACUCUGAAAACCUGCAGGUUUCAGUCAUUUAAAGGGAUUUUACCCUUUAAUACUCCCUAAAAGAUGACUAAAGCUGAAGACUACACCCUUGGUGUAGUAUCAGUUCUAGCUUGUCUGUCUGAGUGUCGGACUCUAACUAUUCCCUCCAUGUUUUGUAUCUCAGGCUCUCAGUGACGAUGCAAAGGAUGAUGAGCCAGAAGUCAGCAAUGUUUCCAGUCCUGGAUCACUCCCGUCCAUCUCUCUCCUGUCACCCAAAGCCAUGGAGACGGAGGGCCAGAUUCUCAAAUUUGCAGAGCAGCAGCGUGAAAAAGCAAAGGUCAGCAGAGAUCACUUUUAAUUAUUCUGUUUGGUUUCGGCUCAUUUUAAAAAUAUUGGAAAAUAUUUGUAUGAAUUAGAUUAUUUCCACACUGCUGCAGACAUAAAAAGUUAAACAACUGAAACUGAUUGAGUUAAAGGAAGAAAUAAGAUGGUUAUUUGGUGGUUUAAGCAAAAAUACGAAGUUCACAUUUCAGAACUGUUUCUCAUUAAAUUACUUAUUUAGUUUUAGAAAAUAUUCAAGAUUCUUGCCCAUAAAUCUGAUUGUUAUUUUAAUGCAUAUUUACAACUUUAACUCCAAGUCUUCUUGGUAUUUUUUGGAUAUAAACACAGUUGGUACAACAAAGUAUUAGAGCCACAUAGGGGAAACUAUUUUUGAAGAUUGAAGAUUUUCUUUUCUAGGAUUUAAAAUAUUUUCAAAAUCAGUUUUUCACAGGACUAGAGUCAUAGCAAAAUCAAGUUGUAUUAAAGUCAUGGUAUUGAAAGGAUGAUUAAGUGUCAGUUCUGUUUCACGGUGAACAGUAAGCUGUCUGAACAAGAUGAGGAAUGUUGGAGUAUCCGGUUCAACAGACCUUCUACUCAAAUGAUUUGACACAUUUUUUAAUCUUGAAAAGAAAACAUUUCUUCCCCUGAUGAAUAUACUGUCUGUGGGCUCAGAUGGCGCUCAAACUGCGGCAGGAGAUGCAGGAGAAGCUAGUUGCAGCGGUGGCGAGUGCUGAGUCUGAGCAGCUGAAACGUUUCGAGGAGUUCAUGGAGCUGAAACAGAGACAAGAGUUCCAGAGCAUGAGGGACAUGAUGGACAGAGAGUAAGAGACACACCCAGAGAUCCACAUCUGCUGGUACUUUACACUUCUACAAUAUUCAGCUGAUUUUGUUUCUGUUGUUUUCUGCUGUGUAGAACUAAAGAGAGCAUCGGACGGCAGGAGAAACUGAAGGAGGAGCAGCGGCACAGAAUGAAGGUGAGACCAUCACAAAGAGAGGACCCUGGUGGGAGAGAUAAAGUGAUUCUGAUGCCUCUUCAUGACUUAAUGGUCAUGUAUCCCCGCCUACAAGUUCCAGGCAUAAAAAUUACUUGGUAAAAAUCACCAGUUUUGUGGCUGAUGGUCUUACUCGCUUUUUUUGUAAUUCAUUUGAAUUUCAGCCCAUUUUACUGUCAUGUAUGAAGGAAAAUCAUGUCAACACUUAGGGAAGGUGAUGGUGACUGAGUAGGCCUUAUGAGUACAGAUAUUGGCCAAUGCUGAUCAUUGAAAAUGUCAUUUAACAGCCAAAUGAAUCAACCUGGCCAAUCAACAAGUCCAUUUCUACUUAGGCCAAGGGGUUCUGUCAAACUGAAAAGUGCCAAUAAUUGAUUCUAGGAUGAGAAAUUGGCUCUUCCUGCACUCUAACUGGCAGGUUUUUCUUUCCUGUACUCAUUAUCAGAUCCUCAACCUGCGGCUGCGGGAGGCGGAGCAGCAGCGCCUGAAGGAGGCGGAGCUUGAGCGGCAGCGGCAGGCAGAGGGCAGGGAGAGACUCAGAAACCUGAACACCAUCCAGGAGGAGAUUCUGCAGCUUAACCAGCUGCUGGACCCGUCCAAACAGUCUAAAGACGACUUCCCUGCUGCCAGCCUCAGCUCCUUCAGCACCCGAGGAAACCAGCUGUGCUCGCAGGUGUCUGAGGUGAUCAGGAAGACGGCAGAGGUCAGUUCAGCUCCUGUUGGAGGUCUGUUUUGCUGCUUUACUCCUCCUGUGUGCUCCUCCCAAUUGUUAAAGACUGUAAUUUCUGUCGUGUCUCUUCAGGGGGAGUUUCCCAGCGUAGAGGACAUGACCGUGGCCGAGCGAGCCCUCCAUGACAUGCGGUCACUGAUCCGGCUGAUGCAGGAGGAGGUCACGAAGGCACAAGAGAAGAAGAAGCGAGAGCAGGAGGAACAAGAGGAGCUCAGGAAGAAGGCAGAGCUUCAGGCGCAGCAGGAAGUGCAGAAGAAGGCUGAACAGUCAGCCAAAGAGAAAGCUAAGAGGAAAGGUGAGAGACAGUCGCUGUGCAUGUUUCAUAUUUCAUUUUGUGUGUCUGCUGUUAUUCUGUCAUCCAGACUCUGUACAGAAUAUUGUGAGUACUUGAAAUCAUCUGACAAUUUUGAUCGUGGCUCAGGUCUGCAGAACAGCGCUGAAGACAGCACGCUGAAGUGGUUCAAGGAGCUGCAGGAGUCCGCUGCUCAGUGCGCUCAGUCUUUUGAACAACUCAACACCCCCAAAGACACACAGGUGAGUAAUGGUUAGUGAUGAAGCCUAACAAACCUGAGGUCAAGGGUUUGUGGAUCAUUACUUUUUAUUUUAGGAAAAGUCAACUGCACAAAGGUCCUGGACGAAAAAAAAAAAUGACACUGAUUUACAACCAAAAGGGACACAAGGCACAAAGGCGUCAAAGUCACUUUUUUUCAUAAUGAAACAUAUUGAUGUUGAACAUGUUUGAACAGUUUUUUCUGCUCUGCACUCAGACGAAGAAGUUAAAGUUGGAGCUCCAGAAAGCCGCCAGCAUCCCCGUCAGUCAGAUCUCCAGCAACUCUGGAUCACAGCUCAGAGAAAUCUUUGACAAGAUUGAUAAGCUGCUGUCGGGCCGUGCAGUGAUGUCGGGAGGAAAGUCCGUCUCCACGUCACAGCAUCCUCAGGGCCUCGACUUUGUCUGCUACAAACUGGCUGAGAAGUUUGUGGUGAGUCUGCAGAAGAAAUUCUUUAAAUCAACUCUGUGACUGAGAUCACAGAUCAGAGAUUCUUACGGAUUUACGAGGUAAAUAGUGUGACUUUGGAUGGACUUUGGUUUAUGAGAGUGUAAUAUAAGGCACUGCCGCCUCUGCAGAAACAAGGAGAAGAGGAGGUGGCAUCUCAUCAUGAAGCUGCGUUCCCCAUCGCUGUCGUGGCUUCAGGUAUUUGGGAGCUGCACCCUCGAGUGGGAGACUUCCUCCUCGCUCACCUACACAAAAAAUGCCCGUACGCUGUCCCCCACUACCCACCAAUGAAGGAGGGCACAUCUGUGGAUGAGUACCAGAGGUCAGAGAGACACUUUGACAUUAUCAAAUUAGUCGAAUUAGUCACAGAAGUGAAAGUGCUGAGGCUGUAAAAGUGUCCUGCUUUCAUUUCUUCAGGAUUCUUGGUUAUCGUGUGGACGACGCCGGGGUUGAAGGUCAGGACAGUUUUCUGAAGAGGAUGUCAGGGAUGAUACGCCUCUAUGCUGCCAUCAUCCAGCUCAAGUGGCCCUAUGGCUCCAAACAGGGGGUAAAAAGCAGCUCGCUGUCAUUAUUAUUACAGAGAGCUCCAUCCAUGUGAUAUUAUAAACAUACAAUCUUUGCUGCCUUCUGGUUUGAUUUUGAGAAUCUAUCAAGAAAUGAAGUACUACUCAUGUUCUGCAAUUUAAAUGUCUGGAGUCCUUUUUUAUCAGUUUAAGAAAAAUCCUGUCACAAGGAGAAACUGCUGAACAAAUGACUCUCUUUUCAGAUUUGCAGAAUACAGACUUGAAAGUUUAUUGAACUUUUUAAAAAUAUGAACCUCAGAAAAUAGAAACAGGCAAAAACAAUCCUCAGUGAACAUCAAACUUCGAAUUGUAUCCCCCUCAUUAGUAGACAUUUUCUUUCAUGUCCUUGUUCCUUCUUUCCUGGUUUUUAAUAUUAUUUGUUCACAGGUGUGUUAUAUGAAAUUAUAAGACAAUGUUGACACAAUGUUUUUCAGUCUCCUCAUGGCCUGAGUCAUGGCUGGCGAUGGUUGGCUCAGAUGCUCAAUAUGGAGCCGAUUGCUGACAUCACAGCAACUCUGCUGUUUGACUUUCUGGAGGUGAGUCUGUCAGCGUUUGAUCUGAAGGCUGCUUCAACAUAGAGAAAAAACAUUAGUUACAGAGUUAGAAACAAACCCAUGGGUUAGACGAGGGGCUUAACACAGGCAGGGGAAAAUAAGACACUUACAGAUGAGCAACAAAAAGUUUGUGCAUGUGCGUGUGUGUGUGUGUAACGUCGUCUUUGUGUGUCUCUUCAGGUAUGUGGGAACGCUUUGGUGAAACAGUAUCAGUCUCAGUUCUGGAAACUCAUCCUGCUUCUGAAGGAGGAAUAUUUCCCCAGGUACACUCACCUGUCCUCAGGUUCAAGGGUGCCAUAGUUACCAACAUGUCAAACUCAUUUGUAGUUUAAACCUGUCUGAGGUGUUAAGUCUGUGUGCUUUUGGUAUCUGUAGGAUCGAAGCCGUGACCAGCUCAGGACAGAUGGGCUCCGUCAUCAGACUCAAACAGUUUCUGCAGGUGUGUAACAGCACUGACUGAAGAAGACACUUUUUAUUCAUUAUUACGCCAGUUUGACGUGUGAGCUCUCUAAAACCAGCAGAUGUGGGGAGUGUUUUCUUCAUGACCUUGUGUUGGUCAGUAAAAAAAAAAAAAAACAUUUCAUCUCAACUCGAAGGCCGUUGCAGCUGAGAAGGACAAAUUUAUGUGGACUUCUGAAAUAGUCACAGAAAUGUCUUGUGAUGAAGUACACAAGACACAGCAGCCCGCAAACCCCUGCUCAUAAUUUCUGUUCUCAUCUAUUGACGCCUAACCGGGAACCGGGGCUGCAAAUCAGCCAUGGCCAGAAACUUUGAUGCAUGACAUCAACCUGGUAUACUCCAUGAGCAAUGUCUCAUGCAUUUGUCUCUGUCAAUUAAACAUAUAAAAAAAGAACAAAAAAACAUGAUCAUUCUCAGAUUUAACUGUCAGGUCUUAAACAAUGUUAAUAAAGUUAAUCUUAAGGUUUCCUGUGUUCUGUGCUGAUGCAGUCAUGCUUCGUACUAUUAGGGCUGAUGGCAUGGCAACAGCUGUUUCAAGAAAAGUUCAAAACAGCCGAUGGAAAAGUGUUGAAAGACAAAAAACCGACCAGAAUAAGAAAAAGAGGAGAAGUUGCUUUUUAUUUACAACAAAAGUUAAAAUAAGUCAAGUGUUGAUUUUUUUUUUGCGAUCUCAGUGUUACUACAUCUCUUUUUUUUUCCUUCCCUCUUGCAGACGUCUCUGCAGAACCGACAGAUCAGUCCACCCAAAGGCCAACUGAGCGCCAACUUCUGGAGGACGUGAUGGAGGAGUGUGCCAUGUUGGAUCUUCUGCAUAAAGCUGUCAAGACCUGAAUGAUGCAGAGAGGGUGGGGGUGCUGAUGCUAAGAAACAGUAUCCUAUGUGGUUGGAGAGAUCAGAGAUGUCUGACAUUUGGCUGAGAGGAAAGAAUCUGAAACCUGACAAGACGCCUGAAGGACAGAAUACAGUAAUCCAGCUGAUCGAAAAACAGCUUCAAAUGAGAUAUCAUGGAGGCUCAAUUCCGACAUCACAGGGAAAACAUGCAAUUUAUCAUGAUCAGAGACUUCCAGACCAAGUUAAUGACAAUAAUGACUUAUUCACAUCAUUUCAAGACUUUUCAACUCAAAAGAAUCAUUUUGAAUCUUCUCCCUCAGUACUUCAUACAACAAACAGAGCAUUAAUCACUUCAUUACUUUCUUUGGUUACUCCGGCCUGAAGCAGAGUUACUUAAUAAUAAACAUCUUUGUCAACAAUUAAAUGAUUUUGUUAGAAAAGUCAAGAAGCCAUUUGAGAAAAACCCAAUAUUUUCAAUUGUAGUCCAACAAUAACAGAGUCAUGUUUGAGGUUUUAAAGGCACACAUUUGGACUUUUUAGCUCAAAACGACUCAAGUACCCAAAGUCAUCUCCUACUGUCUCAGUUUUGUAUCUUAAUAAUGGUCAAACUGUGGGGGACUCUUAAAACCAUGAGUUGUUUAUUAUUAUCAAGUAUUUGGUUUCUCAAAAUCGUGACUCAGUAGCUCUAAAUAAAGGCUGAGUGUCUUUAAGUAUUAAAAGAAAGAAAGAAAAUGAAUCUCAAAAUACUCUUGUAAUUAAUGACUUUAUGCAUCCAAACACAAUAACCUCUUGUCCUUCAAAAUGAGACUUAAAGCAGAGUUUUUAACUUAUUAAGAAUAGAAACUAAAAUCCACUAUCUGAAAUUGUUCAUUUAAAGCAGGUUUUGUGUUUGUGUUCCAUUAUGUUUGUUAUUUCGUGGAAAACUAAUAUGAUUUUAACAAACAGGAUCCUCUACCCUCAGAUAGGCAGAGCCAAGCCUCCAUAUCUUCUCACAUAUUUACUCUAAAUAAUGAAGGGAGCAAUUCUUAGAUAUCCGUCCUCCCAGUGUCAGCUCACCUGCUUCUCUGGAUUUCGUUGAACAUGUGUCUGUUAGUCUCUUCAUAAUACAGGUCAUAAAUAACAUGUAAAAUCACAGCAGACAAUGGGGAUGAAGAUGGGGCUCAUGUCUCCUGUGUGCAAAGUGCCUUCAGCUGAAUCCUCUGUCCUUCAGUGUGUCUGCAGUCAGCGAACUCUCUGUCCAGCUCUUCAGAAAAACGGUUUCCUCUCUGAUGGAUUGUGUGAUUUUAGAAGCGCUAGACAGCUGCUGUUUCAAUCCAAAGUUUGUUGAUCAGAACUUUUAUUUAUUUUUUAAUAAGUCCACUGUGUGGAGUCUGAUGAAUUUGUGGGUCAGGGAAGUGAAAGGUGUUUUUUUUUUCCUCAGAAAAAUCAAAACUGCUAACCUGCAUCAGUCAGUUUCAGAAACAUGCUUUUAGUUGAAUCUGUCAGUUUAAAAGUGUGUUUGAAAUUUAAAUUGUGUUUAAUCUGCAUCUUCAUCCAUAAAGAAAACAUCCGAAACAAAAA